AUGGGGUCGGGCGUCGGGGCGGUGUUCCCUGCCGCGCCGCCGGGCGCCGCCACGCCGCCCCCGCCCCUGGUCAGCAGCGCGGCGGGCACCCCCAGCAAGCUGGUGGCGCAGGAGCUGUACUGGCGCUGGUUCCAGAUGGCAGACACCGACCGCGACGGGCGGCUGACGGGCGCCGACGCGGUGCGCUUCUUUGAGCGCAGCGGCCUGGCGCGGGAGCUUCUGGCCAAGGUGUGGGCCAACUCGGACCACAAGCGCCAGGGCUUCCUCGACUUCCACGCCUUUGUGCGCGCCCUGGAGCUGGUGUCGCUGGCGCAGUCCACGGGGGAGGUGUCCAUGGACACAUACGCCAACAUGCAGUCGGCGGGGAUAGAGCCGCCGAGGCUGCGGGGCCUGGAGACAGACCCCGCAGCGCCUGCCACAGCGCCGCACGCCUCCGCCCUGCCCCGCCGCCCCGCCGGCGCAGAGUCGUCGCCGUCGCCCGCGAGCGCGGCCGCCAUGUUUGGGCGCAAGGGCAAGCGGCGGGCGGCGCUUUCCACCAAGGACUGCACCUCCAUCACAGAAGGCCUCAAGAAGAUCUACUUUCACAAGAUCCGGCCGCUGGAGGAGUCGUACAAGUUUGGGCACUUCUUCAGCCCGCUGCUGAGCGAGGGCGACUUUGAGGCCAAGCCCAGCGUGCUGCUGCUGGGGCAGUACAGCACGGGCAAGAGCACCUUCAUCAAGUACCUGCUGGGGAGGGACUACCCGGGGAUCCACAUUGGGCCAGAGCCCACCACAGACAGGUUUGUGGUGGUGAUGCACGGCCCCGACGAGCGCCGCACGCCCGGCAACACGCUGGUGGUGCAGCCGGACAAGCCGUUCACCGGGCUGGCACAGUUUGGCAGCGGCUUCCUGUCCAAGUUUGAGUGCGCCCAGUGCGACAACCGGCUGCUGGAGGAGGUGACGCUGGUGGACACGCCAGGCGUGCUGUCUGGCGAGAAGCAGCGCAUCGAGCGCUCGUACGACUUCAUCCAGGUGUGCGGCUGGUUUGCGGCGCGCUGCGACCUCAUCCUGCUGCUGUUCGACCCCUACAAGCUCGACAUCUCGGACGAGUUCAAGGCGGUGGGUGGGGUGCUCCGGCGCCUGCUCCUCCACCUGCUCCGCUGCCUGGCUCCUCCGCUGCCUCACCACCUCGCCCCCACCGCACCACACCACACCACCACCACACCACCACGCCACGCCACCGCGCCUGUCCCUGCCACCGCCCCGCCCCGCAGCUUCAACGCCAGCCAGCCCAUCCGCGACGACGUCAACCCCACGGGGCGCGCCCUGUUUGAGAAGGAGCAGGAGGACCUGCUGCACGACCUGUACGACAUACCCGCACGCUCCUGCGACAGGCGCAUCAACGAGUUUGUCAAGCGCGUCAGGGCCGCCAAGAUCCACUUCCUCAUCAUGGGCCACCUGCGCAAGCAGAUCCCCUACUUUGGACAGAAGAAGGCGCAGGAGAAGCUGCUGGAGAACCUGGCGCAGGAGUUCCAGCACGUGCAGCGCGAGUUCCACCUGCACCCGGGAGACUUCCCCGACGUGGAGCGGUACCGCGAGAUCCUGUCUGCCUUUGACCUCAGCCGCUUCCCCAAGCUGGACAAGGCCAUGAUCCGCCAGGUGGACGACGCGCUUUCCUUGGACAUACCCGCCCUCGUCCGCCAGAUGGACAACCCGUGGUCGUCGUGA